UAUCCUUCCAUCUAUAUAAAUAUUCAUGGUUGCAAGCAUUUAGGACCAACACAAUUCAUUCACAUCCUCAAGCAAUAAGAAACUCAAAAGCUUGUAUCUUAUUUACAAGUCAUUUCUAAGACUAAUCUUUCAUCAACACAUACAAAAAUGGGUUUUCGUUUAGCUGGUAUCAGAAGAAAGCUAUCAUUUAAUUCAAACCAAGCAUCUUCAAAGGCUUUGGAAGUCCCAAAAGGCUAUCUUGCUGUCUAUGUUGGAGAGAAUAUGAAGCGGUUCAUGAUUCCCAUUUCGUAUUUGAACCAGACAUCAUUUCAAGAAUUACUAAGCCAAGCAGAAGAAGAAUUCGGAUAUGAUCUUCCAAUGGGUGGUCUCACUAUUCCAUGCAGUGAGGAAACCUUCUUGGACCUCACUUCUUGCUUCCACUGACUAUAAGUAAUUCCAAAGGAGACUGACAUAGAUUAGUUGAGACACAAUUUUGUAGUGGAAACUAGUAGCUAUCAUCUUACUGAGAUGUCAAGGAUGUAAAUAUAUAUCAGAUUCUUUUUGCAAUUUCAAUGAAUUUAUAAACUUCGUCACUAAUUACUUAUAGAUUCAAUUUAUUUGGUAUAUUCUCUUCAAUUAUGUUUAUUCCUUUGUUGUGUUGCCACUACUGUGGUAUUAAAAAAUUGUCUAUUAAUUUAUAAAGGAAUGCUGCAGAAU